AUGGGUGGAUUUGGUCAACCACAAACUGGAAGUUCUUUUGUUAAAUAUCAAGAAACAAUCAAAGAAGGAUCAAAUUAUAAAUCAAUCAAUUUUAUGUCACAAUUCAAAAAUAAGUCUUUAAUUGAAAUUCGAACAGAAGAUUAUAAAGCAAAUAAUGGAAAUAAACCUGUUCCACAACAAGGAGGAAUGUUGGGAGGACAACAAAAUGGAUUUGGUCAACAACAAGGAGUAUUUGGUACUCAACAAAAUGGUUUCGGACAACAACAAGGAUUAUUUGGAGGUCAACAAAAUGGAUUUGGGCAACAACAAGGAUUAUUUGGAGGUCAACAAGGAGGAAUGUUAGGAGGACAACAAAAUGGAUUUGGUCAACAACAAGGAGGAUUAUUUGGAGGACAGCAAGGAGGAUUUGGAACAAAUGGGUUUGGACAACAAACACAGGGAGGAUUUGGAACAACUGGAUUCGGUCAAACAACUGGAUUUGGGCGUUAA